AUGAGUCGCACGGCUGAGCCCGAAGAAGAGAUGACAGAGCUACCGCGGCAAGACAUUAACACUGCGCUCUUGGACCGUCUAGAAGACGAAGGAACAACGCCUCCCAGACAGCGCGGCUUGAAGAUAAGAGACUGGAUGCGUCAGCUACGGUUACAAAUCCUCCUCAUCAGGAUAUGCCGACCCUUCGCCUCGAAGAGGACUUCCGCAGAACGUCGCAAAGUCGCAAUAUACCAAAGCCGAAGAUUGGCGAUAUUACACGUGCUGCUGCAUCUCAUCCCGGUCGGUGGAGCUAUGGCACUCCUCUACCUACAAUGGUCGAGCUUCUUUCUUGGCUUCACUUCGCCAGUUGAUCCGACUAUCCUACAAUUCUUCGCUAAAUUCCAUGAAUUGCUUAUGCAAUUCUCGAUUGUGGAAAUGACAGUCUGCAUCAUCCGCACCGAAGCUUUACGCAACUUUGUACCUCUAGGGGCAUUAUCCGGCAUUGCGCAGGCAACGCAGCUGUCGUACAUCUGGUCCUUGGACUUUAUUUCUAUCUUUGUAUCUCCUGUUCUGUGCGGUUGGCGCAAAGUUCUGUUUGUUACAGCGAUACCGACCUUACUUGUCGGUACCGCUCUGGUCGGACCUUCGAGCGCAGUCCUUAUGAUACCUCGCUCACGUAGUCCUCGUGAUGCCGGGAGUUUCACUUUGUACUCGAAUGCUUCGUACGAGCAAUUUCUCUCCUCUACUAUAGGCAGAGCGAAUGGUCUUCACUUUGAUUGGAAGUCGAUUCGCCCUUCAAUGAUCCAGUAUGAUCGGCGAAAAUAUUCAUGGAUCGAGAACGAAAACGCAGUUGAGGUAGUUUCUGAGUACGAAAACCUAGCCUCUAGGCCAUGGGAGCACGGUCAUCUACGGCCUGUAAGAACACGAUAUGAUGACAACAGUGUAUCGCCAGCGGUAAUCAGCAACGCGACUGUGCCGACUGAGUUCAUACGGCAUAAGUUCAGAGAACUUUUUGAGACGUACGACAACUACACAUUGUCGGUGUACGCUCCACAGCCCGUCGUUCAAGUUAUCUGCAACUCAACUUCUCAAAAGUCCUUUGAAUCGGACACUGAAGUAAAAUACGUUGAAGAUAUCACGCUCAAAACUGUUACAAUAUCGACGCUUGGCACGUUGAUCCAGAAGCUGAACAAUUCUGGUGAAACAUAUACUCAUGAACACGAUGUCACCAUCCAAUCUUUUGAGCCUGUAUGGAUGGCUGCACCUGAGUCAAGAUCACAAGCAUGGGUCGGCAUAUUCUUCCAACACAUCUAUGACCCACAAGUAUCGCGUAAUGAGACGACGAGAAAUGAACCGAUAAAGCUUUCUGAGAUGAUAUCAUCGGUACCCAGCCUUCAUAGACAUGGCUCUUGGGAAGUAUCGACCUGCACCUUCGAUGCUUUUUGGAACAACUCUGAGGCAAUCUACUUUCAAGAUGGAGGCGUUGGAUACAACAAUCCGUACCCCAUGCCGCCCUGGAAUACCAGUGCGCUGAGAACCAUAGGCCUGGACUACAAUGAUAUCGACGAGCUAAGAAGCCCCAAAUUCUUACAAGGGUUGACCUCCGGAGGUUUCGAACUGCACACCGCACUCGCCCUGUCGUUCGCAGUGGCCAUCUCGGACAUUCCGAGCCUCUCUCGGUACGACUCGGUCUGGGGAGAAGACACGUUAAGUACGGGUGUGAACAGUAUGCCUCCGUUUCAUUUCACCUAUACAUUGUACGGUUUCGGUUAUGGGAAUCAUUCCACAUCAGUCCGCCUCUCGAUGGCAGUUCUGGGCUUCUACUGCGUCAUCACUGUCAUUUACCUCGCCUAUAUGCUAUUCACAGGCCGUAGUUCUACAGCCUGGAAUUCUUCGAUCGAGCUUGUGGCUCUGGCUCUACAGUCAAAACGACCUGACCAUCUGGGAAAAGUCUCUGUGGGCAUCGAAAAUCUUGGUACCUUCAAUGAGGGGGUUGGCAUACGUGCGAAUGCAGAUAAUGAGUUGGAGCUCGUGUUCGCUCAUGACCGUGACGUUGGGUCAAGGGGUCUGCGGAGGGUGCAAACGAACAAAGAAUACUAA